UAUCAAACCCAAUAACUACAUUUUAUACAACCCUGAUACAAGUUUAUUUGUUGCUGGUAUUUGUCAAAUUUUUAUAACAAUGUUUAUCAAGUAACAAAAAAUCCUACUGACAAGUUUCUUUUUUUGUUCUAAAAAAAUACAUGAAUAAUGGAAUCAAACUUGUUUUAGAAAAAAAAUAUCUGUCUGACGUUGUUGAUACUUCAUAAAAUGCAAUCAGGUACUAUCUAUACAACGGAUCUCCAGAGUUUCAAUCAUGAUACAAUCACACUACCAGAAGGUCUUCCAAUGGAAGUUGGAUAUGUAUUAGAUGAUUCACCAAAAGGUCAUGUACAAGAUGUCCUAACAGUUGUUGAACUUGGAAAACAGUUAUUACUAUAUGCUAAACAUGGUGAUACUGAAAUGGUCAGAGAUCUCAUGUGCAGAGGUGCACCAUUUCAAGCUGAUCCAAUGGGCACAAGUGCCUUACAUUUUGCUGCACAAAAUAAUCAAAUUGAAACUGCUGAUGUUUUAUUACGUGCUGGUAUUUCAAGAGAUGCAAGAACAAAAGUUGAAAGAACACCUUUACAUAUGGCUGCUUAUGAAGGACACGAUCAAAUGGCUAUUUUAUUAUUAAGAUAUGGUGCAGAUGUUGAUAGCAGAGAUAUGCUGAAAAUGACACCCCUACAUUGGGCAAUUGAGGGUGAACAUGAUGAUGUUAUUCAUGUUUUAUUAGAUCAUGGUGCUGAUCCAAAAGCACUAAGUAAAUUUGAUAAAACACCAAUAACACUGGCAUUUGAACAUCAUCGAUUAGAUCUUGUUGAUAUUAUGCAACAAAAACGUCAAAUAAUUAAACCAAAAUUAAUGCCACAAGAUCAAUUAUCUGAAUUUGAGUCACAAAGUACUGUACAAAAAUUAAUACAGGCACAAAUUGCACGACAAAAAUUGGAAAUAGAACAACCAUAUAAUAAACCAUAUCUCAAAAAAAGUAUUGAAGUAAUAAAUAAGCCACAAGUUGUUUAUCAACAAGUUUAUCCAACUUCAAUAAGUGGUGAUGAUGGAGAUGAUGGAGAUGAUGAUAAUGAUGGUAAUGAUUAUAAUGAUGGUGAUGGUUAUAAUGAUGACGAUAAUGAUGAUGACGAUGACAAUGAUGAUGAUGAUAAUGAUGAGGAUUAUCAAGAUAAAAGUUCCGAGCUCAUUGAUACAAUAAGUAAUUUAUCUUAUGAAACAUUAGAUAAACAAAAAGACAUUGAGGGAAUUAAAACAUUUGGAAACUCAUAUGAAUUACUUGAAGCAAUUAUGGUACCACCUGAAAAUGAUACAAGUAUCGUUGAAAAUGCAGUAGCAAGUGGAGGAAAACUUGUAAUGACAGAAGCUGGAAAAAGAGCAUAUAAAUUAACUGGAGCUAAUCAAUUAGGUGUUAAAAGAUUACAAUUAGCAAGUGGACAAAAAGAUAUAAGAAAAAAAAUAUAUACAAUUGCUAAAGCUGAUCAAUUAUUUAAUGAUACAACAAAUAAUAUUAAAGGACCUAAUAUAUUAAAAAAAGGAAACAUUGGCAAUAAAACAGGCAAUUUUGUUUUAGCAUCAAUUCCAAAUAAUACCACAAAUGUAACGCCUCUUAAAUUAGCAUCUAAGAAAUUUAUAAAAAUAAAUACUUUGAAAGAUGGCACAGAACGUGUAUCAGAAUCAGCUGAUGAUGCUGAUGAAACAAAUGAUAUUAAUUUAAAUAUAAAUAAUGAUAAUAAUAUUGAAGAAAUAACGGAUAUUGGAAUUUUAAAUAAACAACUUGCUGAAGCAAGAAAAGCAGCUGCUGAUUAUCGUGAAAAAUUAAAAAAAAAAGAAGCUGAAGCUGAAAUAUAUGAACAACAACUUAAAAAAAUUAAAACACUAAAAAAGUACUAAUUAAUUUUUUUAAUUUUAUUAAUUUAAUACUUUUAUUUUUUAUUUAUUAAAGUCAUUUUAAUCAUUUUUCAGUGUAUGUUAUUUAUUUUCACAUUUUAUAGCUAUUAUUUAGCCGCACAGCGACUUUAUUUCUUUUUUAUAAAUUAAUUAAAUUCAUUUGGGCUUUAUUUAAACUAAUUUUAUCGAAUAAGUUGAUAUUUAAAUUGAUGAUAAAUUGAUGAAAAUUAAUACUUGAAUAAUUCAUAUUAAUUUUACAAUUUAGUUGAAAAUAUAAAUAAGCAUUAACUGAAAAUAUUUAUCGAAAAUUUCUACCACUUAUGAUUUAUUAUUUUUAAUUAACACAAAAAAAAAAAAAAAAAAAAAACAAGGCUUUAUGAAAAUGAAGAAUUUCUAUAUAUUUUCCAAAAUGAAGACACCCAAUUGAAUGAUUAAAAAAAAUCCUGUGAUAUUGUGAUUUAAUUAAAACAAUUUUCAAAUUACUAUAAAAAUAUUUGAGUAAUAAGUAUUGAUGGAAAAUAUUUUGUUCUUUUUUUUUUUUUAAAAUAACAAAAAAAUAUGUGUAUUGAUCACAUUAGAUUUUAUACUACAAUAAAAUUUAGUCAAUUCUAAAGUUUUUUUAUAUAAUACUUGAUGUAUUGAACAUAUUUUUUAUAAUAAAUAAAAUAUAAUUCAAUACUUAGAAU